CUGUGCAGCUUGCAGGUAAGUUGUUGGUUGGCUGAUUGGGGUUUGGGUUUUCGUUUACACUUUGUGCAGAGCCAACUCAAAUGGCUUCCUCUCAUUUCCCUUUCUUUCCACUUAUUUUCCUUCCCCUCCUCUUCCUUUCCUUCUCUCCCUCUCUGCUUCUCUGCAAUGCCUUCCAUGGCCAACACUACCCCCUCCACCACCACCGCCACCCACACUUCGCCUCUCACAACUACAGAGACGCUCUCACCAAAUCAAUCCUCUUCUUUGAAGGUCAGAGGUCCGGGAAACUUCCCCCAAACCAGAGGGUCACUUGGAGGAGAGACUCUGGUCUCUCUGAUGGCUCUUCCUUUCAUGUUGAUUUGGUUGGCGGGUACUACGACGCAGGGGACAAUGUCAAGUUUGGGUUCCCUAUGGCUUUCACUACCACCAUGCUUUCAUGGAGUGUGAUUGAGUUUGGUGGGUUGAUGAAAGGUGAGUUGCAGAAUGCUAGAGAAGCCAUUCGUUGGGCUACUGAUUACCUUCUCAAAGCCACUGCCCAACCAGACACCAUUUAUGUCCAGGUGGGUGAUGCCAACAAAGAUCAUGCUUGUUGGGAGAGACCAGAAGACAUGGACACACCAAGGACUGUGUUCAAGAUAGACAGGAACACCCCUGGCUCAGAUGUAGCAGCUGAAACUGCAGCUGCUCUUGCUGCUGCAUCUUUGGUCUUCAGAAGAACUGACCCCACUUACUCUAGGCUUCUGGUCAGGAGGGCCAUAAGGGUAUUUGAGUUUGCUGAUAAGUACAGAGGUUCGUAUAGCAAUGGGUUGAGGAAAAUUGUUUGUCCUUUCUAUUGCUCUUUCUCUGGUUUUCAGGAUGAGCUGCUGUGGGGUGCUGCUUGGUUGCAUAGAGCCACCAAGGCACCAACUUAUCUCAACUACAUACAAGUAAAUGGGCAGACGCUUGGGGCUGAUGAGACUGAUAAUACAUUUGGUUGGGACAACAAGCAUGUUGGAGCUAGGAUCCUUCUCUCUAAGUCAUUUCUUGUCCAAAAGGUCCAGUCCCUCCAUGAUUACAAAGGCCAUGCAGAUAACUACAUCUGUUCUCUCAUUCCAGGGGCCCCCUCCUCUUCUGCCCAGUAUACCCCAGGGGGACUUCUUUUUAAGAUGAAUGAUAGUAACAUGCAAUAUGUGACUUCCACCUCUUUCUUGCUGGUGACCUAUGCAAAGUAUUUAACCUCUGCCCACAAGGUUGUUAAUUGUGGUGGUGCCAUUGUCACCCCUAGGAGGCUCAGAACAAUUGCCAAGAAACAGGUGGACUACCUACUAGGAGACAAUCCCUUGAAGAUGUCCUUCAUGGUUGGAUAUGGUACAAGGUACCCACAGAGGAUCCAUCACAGGGGAUCAUCCCUACCGUCCGUCGUGGCACACCCAGCCAAGAUCCAGUGCUCCUCGGGCUUCAAUAUCAUGAAGUCCCAAUCCCCUAACCCUAACAUCCAUGUGGGGGCGGUGGUCGGUGGGCCCGAUCAGCACGAUUGCUUCCCGGAUCAACGGUCGGAUUACGAGCAGUCGGAGCCAGCAACCUAUAUUAACGCACCUCUUGUAGGAGCAUUGGCCUAUCUUGCUCACUCAUUUGGCCAACUCUAGUGUGUGCCCUUAAGACAGUGGCACCAAAAUUCUAGCUUAUAUAUUAGUAGUAUCUAAUUGUGGGGUUCAAAUAUUCCCUUGGCUGUGGUUAGGGUCGAGACCUAAGGCUCGAGCCCCAAACCUUGUGUGGCGAGGUUGUCAAGGUGAUAUAUAGUUUAUAUUUAUAGAUUAUGUUAGGUUAUUAAUUUAGUAACAGUUUGAUGUAUUGUUUGAGUACUACUUUCGUGCCUUAAACGGCAUUUUAUCUGUGUGAAAUAUUAGUAUGAAAUGGCCAUAGAGCUGCUCUUUUAGUA